GGGAUGAGAGGGUGGAGGGAUGAGAGGAGUGGAGGGAUGAGAGAGGAGACGUUCACUCUGAGAAGGGUUCUCCGGUGAGAGAGCCAUGGGCUGCCUGCACGCUUUGACGCUCUUGCUGCCACUUUGCUCAGCUACAGGUUAUCUCCAAACCGGCCAUAGCAAUGGCAGCCACAGAAGCAAGACCCACGCAGCGGCGCCGUGCCGCGACGAGGUGUGGGUGGCCCGGCCCGACGCCCCCAGGGAGCAGAGAAGCUCCCCGCGGCCCCGACUCAUCGUCCCGGCGUCUCCGGGCGCGGUGCUGUACGCGGGGAGCGGCUGCUGCUCUGGACGAGCCUUCCCGCUCUACCCCGGCGGCGGCGUCGUGCUGGGAGCCGCGCAGUGGCUCGCGUCGCAGGCAAAGUGGCGCCGGGCCAUCAUCCUCCACGACCCCGCUCUGCGCCUGUCUGUGGAGGAAGUGGCGAGCUUCCUGGAGGACAGCAGCAGCAGCAGCAGCAUGGCCGUGACGCUGAGCACCAUACAGCUGAAGGACACGGGGCAGUCUCCCGACCUCCUGGCCCUUGACAACAUGUUCCGGGAGAUUCGCCGCAAGGAGGUCUAUAACAUCGUACUCUACUGUCGCGAUUCCCUCAUCCCCCACAUUCUCAAUCAGUCCAUCUACUUUGGUCUCAUUGCAAUGCCCUACCACUGGGUCGUGCCACUGCAGACGCUGCCACCGACGUAUCUCAGCCGGUUCGUCGAGACAGGCGUUCGGUUCACACUGCUCGAGGUCUCUCUCCAAGAGCCGGGCGGAGCGGCCAAUCCCCCCUCCCGCUCGUCCCCGACGUCUCUCUCCAUCACGCCGCUCGAUGCGUUGGAGUUUGACGCGCAAACCUUCCUCAAGCAGAUGGAGCGGGACGGCCUGUGCUCGCCUGCUGGCGUGCUGCAGACGACGGUGUUGGGCUUCUCCGGCCUCGUCGCCUUUGCUCGCGAUGGAACUCGCACCAAUGUCACAAUCGACCUGUUCGAGCUGAGGACAGACGGACCGCACAAGGUUGGAAACUGGUCAAUUUCUCGGCAUGAAGCCACCCAACCUCUGCCUAUCACCAACUACUUCUUUGCCAAAAGGAAGGUGCGCGUGCUGGCACCAAAGGUGGCUGGCUUUGUGUGGUACGAAGACGGGAACGUGUCCAAGGCAUCGGGCUUCCUGGUGGACUUGCUCAACAAGAUUACAGAGAAGCUGGAGUUUGAGACGGAGCUCAUCCCGCCUCCAGCAGCCUGGGAGGAGACGGACAACUCGGUAGCUACUCAGGAGACAAUGCAGGAACGCGUGAAAGGGCAACUGACAGGAUCACCGGAUGCGACUGCCGUGGAGUUUGCCCUGUUUGGCUACCCGGUGAUGGACGACCCUGGCGACAGAGCCAUAGCCUUGUCGGAGAUGGUGUUCGAGAAUGGCUACCACAUCAUCUCCGGCAGCCACGAGCGAGCGGAAGUGCGACUCUUCCAGUUCCUUGAGCCUCUCAACACCUACCUGUGGAUGUCCAUGCUGUCGGCCUGCGCCGGCAUCGGCCUGGCGUUGGCGCUGCUCGCCCGGAUACACCCGGACGAGUGGCACCACCUGGCCAGACGCGGCCACGCGACCCCCAGCGAAGGUCGGGCCUUCAGCAUCCCCAACAGCCUGUGGUUCGCCUUCUCCAGCAUGGUCAACCAGGGCUCCGGGCCGCUGCCGGCAUCCAUGGCCGGCAAAAUAAUUUCGUACACCUGGUGGUGCUUCGUGCUGGUGGCUUGCUCGACGUACACGGCCAACCUGGCGGCGUUUCUUACGGCCGAGGGCACCGGCGGCGUGCGUUCGCUCAGGGAGCUCGCAGACCGCGUGGAUACCAACUACGGCACGUACGGAGGCUACUCCGUGUUCUCCCUGUUGAAGAACGCGUCGCGCGAGCCUUACGUCACCGUCUGGCUCCACGUGUCCAAUGGCACUAUGGCCAGCUCGCCAGAGCUCGGUCUCAAGAGAGUCGAGAACGAGCCGUUCAUCUUCAUCGGCGAGAUGUCAGCCGUUUACACGGCCAAGAAGGAUUACUGUGACAUGACCAUCUCUGAGCGUCGCUUCUACCGGCACCGGCUUGCCCUGCCGUUCCGCCGCGACUCGCCGCUCGUGGACCAGGUGUCCCGUGCGAUCGUGGAGCUGGAGGAGUCCGGCGACCUCGACAAGAUUGAGCGCGUCUGGUUCGCGCAGGAGGCGCAGGAAUGCGUUUCCCAACUUUCGGGCAAAGACCAGAUCGAGAUGAACGACUUCCGUGGAAUCUUCAUCUUCCUGGUCUUGGGCAUCGUGGCAGGCUGUGGCAUAGGAGCCGUCGAGUGUCUCUGCUUUCACAUUAAAGCAGCCCGCCUGCUGGCGAAGCCGCUAGCCACGCACCUGUAGCCGGGCAUCGCUGUCGGCAAAGUCGACACUCGUCAGCGGCGAUGGCAUUGGCUGUGUCGGUGGGCAUCGCUGUUUCGUACUGCAGGGAAAUUAAUAUUCUGAAAAAAUGUUGUUGGGGGUUUAACUAUUGGAUUCGAAAAAUAUUUCACCCGGAAAACUCCUCCAGAUUGAACAUCUCGUUUGCACAGGUGUCCAGGGUGUCGAUUGGUGCACAAAUAGCUACCAUGUAAAGACACGUGACAAGCAUACAAACACAUAUAUACACUACACAUAUACCGAUCCACACACACGCACGUGUUGUGAAUGGUACUGCGAGAUCUGACCGGUGUUCGCUGAGCUGCAUUGGCUUUCGGUUGCCGAAUGAAUACAUUGAUGAGGUCACGCUCACGACACACAAAGUGCUCGCCACAAAUGAACCGGAAUAUCUCGCUGAUGUCGUCAAGGAGCAUCACCCAUCACGUGAACUCCGGUCAUCCUCACGGCAGCGGCUUUUGGCUAACCAUCGAACAAAGACGGUCACUGCAUCGUGCGCUUUCAGAUGUGCUUCUGCGGCUGUCUGGAAUGCUCUUCUAUCCGAUAUUAGGAAGCCACUGGAGUUAUGCACUUUUAAAUCUCGAUUGAAAACUCAUUUCUUUAGAGCUGCCUUUUGUGUUUAGUUUGUUAUCCUUUCCCCGCACCUCCGAUUAGCAAGGUUGGCUACGUACGGUACGUACAGUAUAAAAGACGUUCAAUACAUUUACAUUGAGAAGGCAGAAUAGCAAGUGGACUAAUCGUCAUCUCUAUCCAUCUGUACGGGGAUAAGAAUCUUGCCCCCUUUGCAUGCAAUGGGCUUUCUCCAAAUGCUCCGGGCUCCUCUCACUUUUGUAAUAAACAUCUUAAAAUGAUAACCCCAAUGUAGCAGCAGUGGGACCCUCCUGAAAGAGUCCUACAUCUCCGUGUGUCUUCCCCAGAUAAGUAAAAUUAC